AUGGAUAAGUGGAAUUUGCCACCUUUCAAGUUUGAAUCACUACCAGAUAGUGAGAUUCGGACGAAGUGGAUUGAAUGGAAGCAAGGAUUUGAGCAUGUAGCUGCGGCUAGUGGCGAAACAAAUCCGACUAAGCUGAAAAGUCAGCUCUUGGCCUUGGGAAGUUUUGAACUUCAAAGAGUAUUUCACAGAAUUCCUGGUGCAGAUGUUCAACAAGACCGAAAUACUAAUCCAUAUAAAGUAGCGAUUGCAAAACUCGAUGAGUAUUUUGCACCAAAACAGCAUGAGAGUUUUGAAAGGUAUUUGUUUUACACUAUGAAACCAGAAUCAGAUGAAACUUUGGAAAAAUUCAUGAUGCGCCUCACGCACCAGGCAGCAAAAUGCAAUUUUGGGAGCUCUGAUGUGGAAAGCCGUGAGUUUUCCAUUGUCGACAGAGUCAUAUUAAUGGCUAACUCAGAUUUGAGGGAGAAAUUACUAGCAAAAGAGGAUUUAUCUCUUACCCAAUUGACGAAAAUUGUUAAAGCUCAUCAAGCAAUAAAACGUCAAUCUAAAGAAAUGGAGGCUGGUGGAGCCAGUGGAACAAAAGAUGAUAAUCUCCGUGAUACAGAGAGAGUGAACAAAAUACGUUCGGGGCAACAAAAGAAGACUUUCUCCUGCACUAGAUGUGGGGGACGAAAUCACGAUUCAAAAAAUCCUGACUGCCCUGCAAUGGGGAAACGUUGUAACAAGUGUGGAGGGAAAAAUCACUUUUACUCACAAUGCAAAAGUCGUGAAACCUUGAAACGAAAAGCGGAUGUCACACAAGACGAGAAACCUGCUUCAAAGAAGGCAAAAGUACGAGCCAUCAACGAAGAUUUUGACGAAGAAAAUUUUAUUUUUAAUAUCGGGGACGAUGAUGAAAGGAUUUGGUGCAAUGUUGGGGGAGUGUUGAUCAGAAUGAUAAUUGAUUCAGGGUCAAAGUACAAUAUAAUUGAUCAGAAGACUUGGGUUCAAAUGAAGAAUAGCGGUGUACGGGUUUCCGGAAUGUCAACACAGUGUGACAAGAUUCUCAAGGCAUAUGGACAAACAACUCCUCUAGAAAUAGUUGGAGUUUUUGAAGCUACAAUUGCAGUUAAAGGAAGUGUGAUUAAUCAAGUAACGAAAGAUCUGGCAGGAAUGCAGUUUCCUAAAAUAAAGGGAAUUAAACUGAUCAUUCCAGUUGAUGAGACAAUUUUACCAAAAAUACAACACGUACGUAGGCCACCAAUCGCCUUGAUGGAUCAAGUAGAAGAAAAGCUGACCGAGUUGCUGAGAACCGACAUAAUUGAAGAGGUAAAUGAACCAAGUGCUUGGGUUUCACCGGUAGUGAUUGUGGGAAAAGACAAAGGAGAUAUUCGCCUGUGUGUGGACAUGAGGCAGGUAAAUAAGGCAAUCCGAAGAGAAAACCAUUACAUGCCGACAUUUGAGGAUUUUCUCCCACGAUUGACAUCAGCGAAAAUAUUUUCCCGUUUGGACAUAAAGAGUGCUUUUCACCAGGUGGAAUUGGAUGAGUCAAGCCGACAUCUUACAACCUUCAUCACCCACAAAGGUAUGUACAGAUUCAAACGACUGAUGUUUGGCAUAUCGUGUGCCCCUGAGAUGUUUCAAAAGAUAAUGGAGCAGAUGCUAUCAUCAUGUAAGAAUGCUUUAAAUUAUAUUGAUGAUAUUAUUGUUUUUGGAGCAUCUCGUUCAGAACACGAUAUGGCUUUGGAGAAUGUGAUGAAAACAUUGAGAGCACACAAUGUUCUUCUUAACGGUGAUAAAUGUAUUUUCCGAGCUUCCGAAAUAGUAUUUUUGGGACAUAAAAUUUCGGAGCGUGGAAUCAAUCUGGCUGAGGAUAAAAUGAUUUCUAUAAAGACUUUUAGAGCCCCGCAGACCAAAGAAGAAGUGAGAAGUUUUUUGGGGUUAGUAAAUUAUGUGGGACGAUUCAUACCUGAUUGCGCAACACUAACUUUUCCAUUGAGACAACUGAUUCGUGAAGAUGGUGGGUUUCACUGGGAGAAUGAACACCAAAAUGCUUUCCAAAAACUGAAGGAUGUUAUGGCUACUCCGGAUACGUUGGGAUUCUUUAACAAUGAUCAUCGCACUCGGAUUGUAGCAGAUGCUUCACCUGUAGGACUAGGAGCUGUAUUGCUUCAGUUUGAAGGGCGUUCUGACUCUAAUCCGAAGAUUAUAAGUUACGCAAGCAAGAGUCUAACGGAUACAGAAAAAAGAUAUUAUCAAACUGAAAGGGAAGCCCUAGCUUUGGUCUGGGCCGUUGAGAGAUUUUCAGUCUAUCUUAUUGGACGAAAAUUUGAACUAGAGACUGAUCAUAAGCCUCUAGAGGCCAUUUUCAAACCUACGUCAAAGCCUUGUGCACGUAUAGAGAGGUGGGUGCUUCGGAUGCAAGCAUUUGAUUAUACCGUGGUGUAUAGGAAGGGGAAAUCUAAUAUUGCUGACCCGCUGUCAAGGCUUGCAAUUGAUAAGGAAAGAAAAGAAUUUGAUGAAGAUGACAAUGGUUUUGUGAGGUCAGUGCUUGAGACUGCAGCGAUUGAUUUCGGCGAGAUUGAAACAGCUGCACGAGAGGAUGAGGAACUAAUAUCGGUCAAGAAGGCUAUGGAUACCGGGGAUUGGAGCUCAGAUAUUGUUAAAGGAUAUCAGAUUUUCAAAAAUGAAUUAGGGUGCGCAGGAGAAACACUGGUCAGGGGUGUAAAGCUUGUAGUUCCUGUGAAGUUGAGGUCAAGGAUGUUGAUGUUAGCUCACGAAGGCCACCCAGGCGAAUCUGUGAUGAAGAGAAGAUUGCGUGAUAAAGUUUGGUGGCCGGGUAUGGAUAAAGAUGUUUUGAAUAUUGUCAAAACAUGUGCAGGCUGUCGUGUUGUAGCACUACCCAGUAAACCAGAACCAAUGCAGCGAAGGCCGAUUCCGUCUGGACCAUGGGUAGAUGUGGCACUAGAUUUCUUGGGACCUCUGCCAUCAGGAGAGUAUUUGCUAGUAAUCGUUGAUUAUUUUAGCAGGUACAAAGAGAUCGAAAUACUGACCCGAAUCACAGCCAAAGAAACUUGCACCCGCCUUGAAGCCAUUUUUGUAAGACUCGGAUUUCCAAGGACAGUGACAGUGGAUAACGGUCGUCAAUUUGUCAGCACAGAAUUUGAAGAAUUUUGCAAAAUAAGGGGUAUUCAUUUGAAUAACACAACACCUUAUUGGCCGCAAGAGAACGGUGAGGUAGAGAGGCAGAAUCGUUCUGUUUUAAAAAGGCUUAAAAUAAGUCAAGCACUGAAUAGAGAUUGGAAGAAGGACCUCAAGGAGUACUUAUUGAUGUAUUAUACGACACCUCAUACGACGACGGGAAAGACGCCCACCGAGCUGUGCAUAGGACGGACUAUAAGAGGGAAAAUACCAUCGCUUACUGAUAUGGAGACUUCUCCACCAGAUAUGGACUUUUCUGAGAAAGAUCGCAUUUUGAAACACAAAGGGAAGGAGAAUGAGGAUUUGAAGAGAGGAGCGAAGCACAAUGAUAUUGAAAUCGGAGAUAAGGUGCUGAUGAAGACGGUAAUUUCCGGUAAUAAGUUGACUCCAAACUUUGGUUCAACUGAAUUCAAAGUUAUUGAAAAAUCUGGAUCCCGUACGAAGAUUCAAGAUGUCGCAUCAAAGAAGAUCUACGAAAGAAACUCAUCACAUCUCAAGAAGGUAUUCCAGCCUCUUCAGGAUCGCCAGGAAUCAUCAUCAUCAAGACCACAACGUGCAGUUAAUAUUCCAGCAAAACUACAGGAUUAUGUAUUGAAGAAGUAA